AUGGGACAGAUGGCAAUCUCCAUGACAGGUAGAGUACCAGGAAAUUUACCCAGCAACACUGAAAUCAACCCUAAGGAGCACGUAAAGGCUAUAACAACCAAAAGCAGAGUACAACUACCGAAGAUACAUGUAAAAAGAUCGGUAGCUAGCAGGGAAUCAGCACCAACCGCAGACGACGAGAUUGUGGAACAGACUGAACAAACAACAAGGGAUGUGCACAAAUUGGAUCAACAAUAUAGUAAGUUUCUUGAAGUUUUCAAGAAAUUACACAUCAACAUCCCAUUUGCUGAGGCACUUGUUCAGAUGCCAAGUUAUGCGAAAUUCCUAAAGGAUAUCCUCUCCAACAAGAGAAUGAUAGAAGAAAUCGAAACAGUGAUGCUAACUGAGGAAUGCAGUGCCAAAAUUCAGAGAAAGCUGCCUCCAAAACUAAAGCAUCCAGGGAGUUUUAUUAAAGAGCAGCUUAUAUUGAGGCUUGGCGAAGAGCAAAUCUUUUUCAACGUGUUCAAGGCAAUGAAAUUUCCUAUUGAGUCCGACAGCUACUUCCAUAUCGAUCAACCUCCCAAAUUGGAACUCAAGCAAUUGCCACCACACCUUCGAUAUGCUUACCUGGGGGAAUCUUCUACACUUUCGAUUAUUAUUUCAAGUAUUGUCAGUGAAGUGGAGGAAGAGAAACUACUUCAGAUGCUGGAGAGACUAGCAGGGCACUCGCAUUACUAUUUUCUAGAUGGGUAUUCCGGGGCAUUUUGGUGCUUCGAAAACAGCGGCGAAGAUCCUUCAAUCAGGUUUUUAUUGGCCCACACUAUUUUAGGAUGCCUUUGGAUUCGUGAAGAGUGGUUUGAGGCAGUUACAUUACCUACCAAUGAUGGGAAGGUGGUGAUUGAGUUUCUAAAGAAACAUAUUUUUACCUGCUUUGGAACACCGAGGGCUAUAAUCAGUGACGGGGGCAAACAUUUCUGCAAUCGCCAGUUUGAACAAUUGUUGACUAAAUAUGGCAUUAAACAUCGUGUAGCCACUGCAUAUCAUCCCCAAACUAGUGGACAGGUCGAAGUGUCUAAUAGGCAAUUGAAGCAAAUACUCGAAAUCACAGUUGUGGGUGAAAAAUGUCUACUACAACUUAAUGAGCUGGACGAGCUCAGAAUGGAAGCCUACGAGAAUUCAAGACUUUACAAAAAGUGCACCAAGAAAUGGCAUGAUAUGUACAUUCAGAUGCGUGAAUUUACGGUUUUUCCACAUGGGGCAGUUGAGAUCACUCACGACAGUAAGAGGACAUUCAAGGUCAAUGGACAGCGUUUGAAGCACUAUUGGGGCGGCGAUUUUUCAAAGGAAAAGUCUAUCGUUCAUCUUAGACCGCCAGAAUGA